AGCUCUCGGGGCGCCGCGCCCGCCCAAGCCCACACCCCGCAGGACAACACCGGCAGCGCCCCGCGGUCGCUCCGCCACCCCCUCCUCCGCCCCAGCCCCGGGACGCGCUUCCGCCUCGGGAGCGCUACCAGGCUCUGCCCAGCUGUUUCCCUACCCAGGAGCUCUUCAUGGCUUCACCCACCUCCACCAACCCAGCACAUGCCCACUUUGAGAGCUUCCUGCAGGCCCAGCUGUGCCAAGAUGUGCUAAGCAGCUUUCAGGGGCUCUGUGAGGCCCUGGGGUUGGAGCCUGGUGGGGGCCUGCCCCAGUACCACAAGAUCAAGGACCAACUCAAUUAUUGGAGUGCCAAAUCACUGUGGGCUAAGUUAGACAAGAGAGCAAGCCAGCCUGUCUACCAGCAGGGCCAGGCAUGCACAAGCACCAAGUGCCUAGUGGUGGGCGCUGGACCUUGCGGACUGAGGACCGCUGUGGAGCUGGCACUCCUGGGGGCCCGUGUGGUGCUGGUGGAAAAACGCACCAAGUUCUCUCGCCACAACGUACUCCACCUCUGGCCCUUCACCAUCCAUGACCUACGGGCACUUGGUGCCAAAAAGUUCUACGGGCGCUUCUGCACCGGCACAUUGGACCACAUCAGCAUCCGACAGCUUCAGCUGCUUCUACUGAAGGUGGCAUUACUGCUGGGAGUUGAAAUUCACUGGGGUGUCACUUUCACUAAUGUCCAGCCCCCUUCCAGAAAGGGGAGUGGGUGGCGUGCCCAGCUCCAGCCCAAUCCACCAGCCCAACUGGCUAACUAUGAAUUUGAUGUCCUCAUCUCUGCUGCAGGAGGGAAGUUUGUUCCUGAAGGUUUCACUGUUCGAGAAAUGCGUGGAAAACUGGCCAUUGGCAUCACAGUCAACUUUGUGAAUGGGCGUACAGUGGAGGAGACACAGGUACCUGAGAUCAGUGGUGUGGCCCGUAUCUACAACCAGAAAUUCUUCCAGAGCCUGCUCAAAGCCACAGGCAUUGAUCUGGAAAACAUUGUGUACUAUAAGGACGACACACACUACUUCGUGAUGACAGCCAAGAAGCAGUGCCUGCUGCGGCUUGGGGUGCUGCGCCAGGACUGUCCAGAGACUGAUCAACUGCUGGGCAGUGCCAAUGUGGUACCUGAGGCUCUGCAGCGCUUUGCCAGAGCAGCUGCUGAUUUUGCCACACAUGGCAAGCUCGGGAAGCUUGAGUUUGCCCAAGACGCCCAUGGGCGGCCUGACGUCUCUGCCUUUGACUUCACAAGCAUGAUGCGAGCGGAAAGUUCUGCUCGUGUGCAAGAGAAGCAUGGUGCCCGCCUGCUGCUGGGACUGGUGGGGGACUGCCUAGUGGAGCCCUUCUGGCCCCUGGGCACUGGAGUAGCCCGGGGCUUCUUGGCAGCCUUUGAUGCGGCCUGGAUGGUGAAGCGGUGGGCGGAGGGCACUGGGCCCCUAGAGGUGUUGGCUGAACGUGAAAGCCUGUACCAGCUUCUGUCACAGACAUCCCCGGAAAACAUGCACCGCAAUGUGGCUCAAUAUGGGCUGGACCCCGCCACCCGCUACCCCAACCUGAACCUCCGAGCCGUGACCCCAAAUCAGGUACGAGACCUAUAUGACAUGGUGGCCAAAGAGCUGGUGCGGAGGAAAAGUGACAAGACAGAUGCAGGGAAGUCUGUCACAGGGUCAGCAGACACCCAGGAGGAGCUUCUACGCUGGUGCCAGGAGCAGACGGCUGGGUACCCAGGAGUCCAUGUCACUGACUUGUCAUCCUCCUGGGCUGAUGGGCUAGCUCUGUGUGCCCUGGUGCACCGCCUGCAGCCUGGCCUGCUGGAACCCUCGGAACUGCAGGGGAUGGAGGCACUAGAAGUGACUGCCUGGGCACUGAGAGUGGCAGAGAAUGAGCUGGGCAUCACGCCUGUGUUGUCUGCACAGGCAGUGGUGGCGGGCACCGACCCACUGGGCCUCAUCGCCUACCUCAGCCACUUCCACAGUGCCUUCAAGAGCACACCCCACAGCCCAGGCCCUGUCAGCCAAGCCUCUCCAGGGACCACCAGUGCUGUACUAUACCUUGGCAAACUCCAGAGGACCCUACAGCGGACCCGGGCCAAGGAAAAUGGGGAGGAUGCUGGUGGCAAGAAGCCUCGCUUGCAGGUGGAGGCUGAGACUCCAAGUACCGAAGAGCCACCUGUCCCCGAGCCCAGUGUACCACUGACCCCCCCAUCCCAACACCAGGAGGCUGGUGUUGGAGACCUGUGUGUACUUUGUGGGGAACACCUCUACAUCCUGGAACGCUUCUGUGCAGAUGGCCGUUUCUUUCACCGGAACUGCUUCCGCUGCCAUACCUGUGAGGCCACGCUGUGGCCAGGUGGCUAUGGGCAGCACCCAGGAGAUGGACAUUUCUACUGCCUCCAGCACCUGCCCCAGCCAGGCCACAAAGAGGAUGGCAGCGAUGAAGGCCCUGAGAGCCCUGAGCUCCCCACACCAGAGGGGAAUAGCAUGCCAACAGACUCCUCGACUCCCACAGCCCUGCCUAUCCCAAGCCCCAGGCAGUCCACCCGCCGGCUGAUCCGUCUCUCCAGUCUAGAACGUCUGCGGCUGUCCACCCUUAACAUCACCACUGACUCAGAAACGGAGCCUCCACCCAAGCCCCCUCGAACCUGUUUAGCCUUGGCCCGACAGGCCCUAGAGAGCAGCUUUGUAGGCUGGGGUCUGUCAGUCCCUGAAUCACAAGGUCAUGAUGUCAUGAGGAGAGAAGAAGAAGAGAAUCCCUCUUCCAGUGAAGAGGAUGAAGGGGAUGAGGAAGCUGUACCUUUGGACACAGACUUGGAGGAAGUUCUACUGAACUUGGCCAAGAACUCAGGCACCAUGAACAAGUACCCAACAUGGCGCCGGACUCUGCUUCGCCGUGCUAAGGAGGAAGAGAUGAAGAGAUUCUGCAAGGCACAGGCCAUCCAGCGACGACUAAAUGAGAUCGAGGCUGCUCUCAGGGAGCUCGAGAUCGAGGGCAUGACACUAGAGUUGGCCUUGAGGAGCCAGAGCAGCUCCCCAGAGCAGCAAAAGAAACUCUGGUUAGAACAGCUGCUACAACUCGUCCAGAAGAAAAACAGCCUAGUGGCUGAGGAGGCUGAGCUCAUGAUCACGGUACAGGAGCUGGAGUUGGAGGAGAAGCAAUGGCACCUGGACCAGGAGCUACGAGGCUACAUGAACCGGGAAGAAACCCUUAAGACAGCUGAAGACCAGCAGGCUGAGGACCAGGUCCUAAGGAAGUUGCUGGAUGUGGUGAACCAGCGGGAUGCCCUCAUCCGUUUCCAGGAGGAACGCAGGCUCAGCGAGCUGGCCUCUGGGACAGGGGCCCAGGGCUAGAAGACUGGUAGUUCCCUGCCUUCUUCCCUCCAAGCAAGACAACCUUUUCCCAGGACAGCGCUACCCCCUGCUCAUCUGGACUGCCUUGGAGAGGCCCUCACUGUUUAUAGUAAAAAUGUUUCUGCCACAAGCGGGGCACAGUGGCUCAUGUCUGUAAUACCAGCUACUCAGGAGACAGAUAUUGGGAGGAUCUCUGUUAU